AUCAUUUGAAAAUUCCUACCGACAUUAACUUUGAGUUCCUUUGGCUGGAUUUCAAAAGUCAUGAGCAGAGCCCCACCCAAUGAAUAAAGCAACCAAUUCCUGGCGUGUUUCGUUUUGUAUCUUUCUCGCUUUGUAUCAAGCUUUAUGUAAUAAUUUCUGAACACUUGUUUUCUUUAACUUUUCACAGAACAUAAUAACUCUCUUCAUUCCCAAGUUCCAUCUCAACUUUCUGUGGUGUCUCUCUGGUUACUUCAUUUCCCAUAUUUCUCUCAUUUCCACAAGUGAACCAUGUCAAUUGUCGCGGAGGUUGUCGCGGGGGCUGCUUUAUCCGCUUUCUUUGAUAAGCUGUUUGACAAGUUUAGCUCCUCUGAUUUGUUGAAGACCUUUCGGAAAGAGAAUUUUGACGCUGAUCUCAAGAAGUGGGAGAGCAUGUUGCUGAAAAUUCAGUUAGUUCUGGAUGACGCAGAAGAGAAGCAGUUGACAAGCAGGUUGGUGAAGAUCUGGCUGGAUGAGCUGGAAGACUUGGCUUAUGAUGUGGACGACAUCUUGGACGAGUUUGCUACUGAAGCUCUACGACGUCAGCUGAACCCAGAACCCAAAAGUGAUUUUGUUAAGCAGAUGAGGUCCAAGAUUGAAGGUAUUGAUAGAAGACUGCAAGAAAUAGUGGAAGAGAAGAAAGAUCUGGAGUUGAGAGAAAAUACUGGGAGAAGGACUAUAACAAAAACAUCAAGGCCGCCCUCAACUUCUCUGGUGAAUGAAAGUCGUACUUAUGGUAGAGACGAAGAUAAAAUGAAGAUUGUCAAGUUGUUGCUCGAAUCAAGUGAUGCUCAACUCUCUGUGAUUCCCAUAGUUGGUAUGGGUGGGCUGGGGAAGACGACUCUUGCCCAGCUAGUCUACAAAGACGAUGAAGUGAGCCGUCAUUUUCAGUUGAAAGCCUGGGUUUGCGUGUCUGAAGAUUUUGACAAUCUAAGGUUGACUAAAGAAAUUCUACACUCUACUUCUGAAUCUUGGACUGAACUGUGCAAGCCUUUCGAAUUUGGGGCUCAAGGAAGUAAGAUUGUUGUCACAACUCGGAAUGAUGAUGUUUCAUCAAUAAUGGGAACUACUCCACCGUACAAGUUGAAAGAGUUGUCACGUGAUGCUUGUUUACGUGUAUUUACCCACCACGCGUUAGAUGCAACAGAUUUUAGUGAGUAUCCAGAACUUAAAAAAUAUGGUCAAGAAAUUGUAGAUAGGUGCAAGGGAGCACCUUUGGCAGCAAAAGCACUUGGCGGCCUUUUACGCAGUAAACACGAUCCUUGUGAGUGGGAAGAUGUGUUAAAUAGCAAGAUCUGGGAUAUUCCUGAAGAUAAAAGUAGUAUUUUUUCCGUUCUUAGAUUGAGCUACAACUAUCUUCCUUCUCAUUUAAAGAGGUGCUUUGCCUAUUGUUCACUGUUUCCAAAGGACUACGAAUUUCAGGAGAGAGAGCUAGUCUUGUUAUGGAUGGCAGAAGGUUUGAUUCAAGAAACAAAAGCAAAGAAGCCAAUGGAAGAUCUUGGUGGUGAUUAUUUUCGUGAUCUACUCAAUAGAUCAUUUUUUCAACAAUCAAGCAGUUACGAAUCACUAUCAUUUUUUCAACAAUCAAGCAGUUAUGAAUCACUCUUUGUCAUGCAUGACCUUAUGAAUGAUUUAGCUAUGUGGGCAGCGGGAGACUUGUGCUGUAGGUUGGAGGAUCAAUUGGGUGGUAGUAAGCAAUUUGAAAUUUCUACAAAGGUACGACAUUUUCUUAUAUUGAACAUUCAAACGAUUGCAUCCAUAAGUUUAAUGAAGAUGUGCAUUUAAGGACCUUCCUGUCGCUACCAUUAUAUAACCAAGAUGGCUUAACAAAUUUUGAUGUUAGAUAUUGUUCGUUUCCACAAUUAAGAUGCUUAAGGGUAUUAUCUUUAAGUGGAAAUGAUAUCUUUGAGCUACCAAGUUCAAUUGGUGAUCUGAAACAUCUAAGAUACCUCAACCUUUCUUAUACUAAGAUUGCAAUUCUACCAGAAUCAACAAGUUCAUUGUACAACCUACAAACAUUGAUAUUGAAAGGUUGUGACUAUCUCACAAAAUUACCAGAACAAAUUGAAAAUUUGGUCAAUCUUCGACAUCUCAAUAUAACAGAUGCAAAAUCAAUUAGAGAGAUGCCAGCUGGAAUAGCAAAAUUAAAGAGCUUAUGGACGCUAUCUAAUUUUGUUGUGGGGAAAGAUAAGAUAGUAGACUUGAUGAAUUUGGAAUUUCUUCAGGGAACACUUUGCAUUUCCCACUUGGAGAACAUGCUUGAUGCCAAUAAUGCAAGAAAGGUCAAUUUAAAAGGUAAGAAGAAUUUGGAUACAUUGGUGAUGAAAUGGGAUGAUGAUUUACAAGAUGCAAGAAUUGCGGCAGAUAUUCUUGACACGCUACAACCUCAUGGAACGAUGAAAACACUUUCCAUUGACGGUUAUGUUGGUGCAAAAUUCCCAACUUGGUUAGGAGAUCCUUCUUUUUCUAAUAUGGUGGACCUAAGGAUUGAGAGGUGUGGAAAAUGCAUGUUCUUACCUGCCUUUGGGCAACUACCGUCUCUUAAGCGCCUUAUUAUUAAGAGAAUGGAUGGGGUCCGGAGUGUCGGUCUUGAGUUUUAUGGGGAACAUUGCAAGCAACCAUUUCGAUCCUUUGUGAAACUUUGCUUUGAGGAUAUGCAUGAAUGGCAAGAUUGGAGUCCUUGCAACCAAGACUUCCCUUGCUUGCAUGAGCUUUCUAUCUCUAUGUGCCCCAAAUUGCAAGGAAAAUUGCCCCAUCAUCUCCCGUCAUUGGAAAAACUUUCCAUUAAUGCAUGUGAGCAUUUGGUUGUUUCAAUUCCAAGCUUUUCAAUGCUUCAAGAAGUAAUAAUUGUGAGAUGUAAAGAGGUUGUGCAUAAGUCUGUGAAAGUAAGGAACUGACAUCUUUGUAUCAAGAUGGGCCUGUAACAAUCAAUAUCAAGUCGUGCCAGAGUCUUGAAAACAUCAUGUUGAAGUCUACAUUAAGGAAACUAAAAAUUCAAGACUGUAGUGCUUUGGAAUCCUUGCAAUUUGUGAUGGAUGAGGGAGGGGCUUCUUCAACUUCUUCUUUAUUGAUGAAUGAGGAGAAUCUUAGCUGCAUUGGAAACAACAAUGCAUCUCUUCUUGGGCACUUGGAAAUUUCUAAUUGUCCAUCCCUAAAAUGCAUAUCAACAAUAGUCGACCUAGCUACCAUGCUUAAACGCCUUGAUAUUAAAGAAUGCCCAAAUCUAACAUCUUUAUCAUCGAGAGACACGUUACCUACCACCCUUAAAGUCCUUAGGCUAGUGGAUUGUCCAAAACUGGAGUUGGACAAGUUAAACAAGGAUAUUUUACUUGAACAUCUUUUAAUUGAUGGUUGUGAAAAGCUUAGGUGCUUAUCGAAUAGCCUACACGAACUGUGUCACCUCAAAGAGAUUGAUAUAUACAAGUGUAAUAGUAUUAUCUCUUUAGGAGAUUUGCUCCCCACCAACUUGGAAAGUCUUGAAAUCAAAUACUGUGAGAAACUGGAGGCCUUGUCGAACAACAUAAACAACCACUGUCACCUCAAAGAGAUUGAUAUAUUCAGGUGUAAUAGUCUUAUCUCUUUAGGAUAUUUGCUCCCCACCAACUUGAGAAGUCUUAAAAUCAAAGACUGUGAGAAACUGGAGGCCUUGCCGAACAACAUAAACAACCACUGUCACCUCAAAGAGAUUGAUAUAUUCAGGUGUAAUAGUCUUGUCUCUUUAGGAUAUUUGCUCCCCACCAACUUGAGAAGUCUUAAAAUCAGAGACUGUGAGAAACUGGAGGCCUUGCCGAACAACAUACACAACCUCAACUUUCUGCAAGAUUUAUCAAUAUGUGACUGUCCAAGUAUCAUAUCCUUUCCGGAAGAGGGUUUCCCCACCAACCUUAGACAGCUUUGGUUGUCAGGGGCGAAUCUCUGUAAGCAAGUAUUUGAGUUCGGACUGCACAGACUCACGUCGCUUACAUAUCUCUCGAUUGCUAAUGGAAUUAUGGAUUCGUUUCCAGAAGAGGAAGAUGGGAAGACGAUGUUGAUGUUGCCUACAUCUCUCACUACCCUGAGGUUUUAUAAGUUUCCAAAUUUGUUAUUCCUCUCCUGGAAGUUCUUUCAAAACCUCUCUGCACUUAAAGAAAUUUCCAUUGGUGCGUGCCCUAAACUCGCAUAUCUCUCAGAGAAGUGUUUUCCUCCUUCGCUUCAGCGAUUUCAUAUUUAUGGUUGUCCUGUGCUAAAACAAAACUGCGAGAAAGAGAUAGGGAUAAUGUGGUCAAAGAUUGCCAACAGCCCUUGGGUUGAAUUGAUGGCCUGAAGCAGCAGAAAUAAUUUUGCAAAAGAGAGAGAUCUUCCUUCCAGUGUUGCAGUAGAGGCUAGCUUCAAAACUUGGAGGAGGUUACAUAUCAUGUUGAGGAACAAUGAUAGGUGGAUAUGCACAUAAUGGCAGGAUGGCUUUUUAUAAAUAUGAUGCCUGAGCAGCAUGUCAUUUUAACCAGAGAUCAUGCUUUGCACAGAUGAUCAAAUUCUUACAUGUGUUGCAGAUGGCAGCCACUCCUUGUAAAUUCAGGAAUGUGACCAUGUGGUCAUGAUCAAAAAGAAAAGGCUGGGAAUCAUUCUCUAAGAAGCUGUAAACCUACUGUGUGCAAUUGGAUACAAUUUGGUGAUUGUCAGGAGUGGCAAGUGUUGAUCUUUGGUGGAGGUGGUGGGUUUGGAGCAGAUAAGGUGCGAGCUUUGUCGGACAAUUUGUGAAGCCUUAUACUAUGUACUUGUGAAAGGUGUGGCAGCUGCACUUGUACUCACGAAUAUGUAUGGGGUUUACAGCCUUUGUUGUGGAUUGAAAACAUGAAGCUGUGAGAUACAUGCUGUUAACAUAUUGUUGUGUUGUGUUCCUAAUCUUCUAAGCCUUGGUUUCAUCAAGCUGUUGUCAAUGCUGUGAUAGUGCUUGAUUAUAGUAAGAAAAUGGAGCAGCUUUGUAGGGAGGCUUACUUGUUAAAGAAGGACCAAGUUAUCAAGCUGAGGGAAGUGUUGACAAGGAUGGAAACUUCUGGUUAUGCAGGAUGUGAUAAGAGAUGAAGUUGGAAAGGUUCAUGCUUGUUUUGCAAGGACAGAAUGGGUAAUGCUGUUACUGCUGGAUUCUUUAGCUGUGAAAAAAAUUCCAAAUCCACUGCCUUCCUCCUCCUAUUGAGACAAGCUCUGUGGCCUUGAAGCAUAUAAGAAUUCAAAGUGUUUUUGUGCUCUCAACCGGCAAAUAGCUGGAAAAACUUUUUGAAAACAGACAAAAUCAAGACUGGUUGAGUGCAGGUGUUAUUGGUGACCUUCAAAGUCUAUUAACCAGUGUAAGAAAUGUUGGCUCUAAUAGGAUUGAUCCCAGAAUUUUUUGUCAUGUCAGGCACUAUGCAAAGAUGACAUCAAACUGCUAUAUGAAUAUCUUUUGGUCCUCUGCUGGUAGGUAGGGGCUCUAUUUUGGUCCUGUCUGUAUUGAACCUUUUGCUGUGCUUGUGUCCUGUCUCCUUUUUAUCUAACUAAUGUUUUGUGUUGUGCCUAAUCAAAGUUACUAGUUUGCACUAUAUAGUAAGGAAUGUGGUUGACGUGCAACCAGUUUGACCAAUUUGUUGGAAGAUUUUUUUUUGAAACCUUAGUUUUAGGCUCAGUAAUCAAACAAUCUUGGCUUAAAAAAUCAUUCAGACUGCAGUACACAUUGUGCUUGAAAUCGCAGCUUUUCUUUCAACUACUAUGGUACUCUUUGAUGAUGGAUGGUUGCAUUCAUGACGGGCUAAUUAGUAAUACCCAACAGUACAUUGAUUUGUUGGAUUCUAGAGUUCAUGUUCAUUUUCAGCAAUUUCACAAAAGACCUAUGAAAGAAAGGCGAGAAGGAGAAUAGAGGUGUGCUCUGUAAUUGACAAACAUUCCUCUCAGUUUGCACGUUCAGCCAUGUUCAGGAAUGUUUUUCAUUGGUUGUACUGUUUAAAGGAGGCCAACCUGUUAAUCAUAUAUGUGCUAAACCAGUGAGAACAUGGAAACAAUAAUAUUUGAACUCAGUUUGCAAGUCUGUGCGUCCACUUCCUCGCUAAAUGAUUUGAUCUUGAAGUCGUCCACAGGCAUCUGCAAUUCCAAUAUGAGACAAUUGGAAGAAAAAGUACCAUAAGGCAGUAAAUGCUCUCUUCAUUUUUGUGUGGAUUCCCUGCCCCUUAGUUUGGGGCAGUAGAGGCUAGCUUCUGAACUCCUAAGAGCUUUUCUUGAAUUUCAAAACUUGGAGAUAUGUAAAAUUUUGGAUUAUGUUAUGUACGCUCAUUUUUCUUCUUCUCCUUUUUCCCUCUUAACAAUUGAACUUAUGGCACUGUAUUUUUGGCUCAUCAACAUCUCUUAUGGUUUAUGAAUUAUUUGAAUUGUGUGAACCUCUUAUACCUAAGGACAUGUAGCUGUUUGAUGAAAUUCCUAAAGGAGAUGUUUUAUCUUGGAAUUUGAAUGAUUGUAGAUUAUAUAUCAUAUUGUGGAAGACGAUGAUUAGUGGAAAUGCACAAAAUGACAGGAUAGCUUUUUAAUAAGAUGCCUGAGCAGAAUGUUAUUUUUACCGAAGAUCGUGCUUUGCAAGGAUAUUCAAGCGUUGUCACCUGUGCUAUAGAUGGGCAGGGAUUUCACAAUGGAAAUAUGGAAAGAGGGCCAGAAGGAGAGGGGAGGUUGGACCGUAAUUCACAAAUAUUCUUCUCAGUGUGUACCUGCCCUCUUAUGUAAAGCUGAUUCCACUUCAUGUUGUUUACUAUUAUCACUUAUUUGUAUUUAUGAUCCUUCUUUACUUGGUUAAUUCUUCAGCCACAGAUUAAAACCUUCCCACUAUACUGCCAUAUAUGUAACCUACUUCAUAACUCCAUUCAAUAAACAUAUACUGAAAGGAGGGCUUUUCGGCAGCUACUAAAUGAAAGAAAAAUGCAUUUUAGUAAGGCGUAGUUUCCCAAAGCUAUGUAUAAAAUUGAAAAACAAUACUCAAGAACCUGAAUAUGCAGAGUUUCAGAAACAAACGCUAAGCAUAUGACAGAUUUUAGUUUUAGACAGAAAAUGGGAAACUUUCUACAUAUUUCUUGUUUGAACUAAAUUUUAGUUAAUUUUGGUACUGCGGUUGAUUCACCUGAUUAUAUUCCAGUGGAAAGAACCUUCCAUGCUAUUAUAUGAACUUUAGAAGUAAAAAUUCAUGGCUGAUGGUAGCUCUUGUUGAAUACUCAAGGCAUAUCUUAUUUGCUGACUGUUUAAUUUUUUCUUUUUCCAUUUCUUUUCUGUUUUAUUUUUCGAUGUUCCUCUCCACUGGCCAUUCUAUGGACUGCUCGGCAUUGUGGCACAGUCUCCAGAGGAAUUAAAGAGCAAUGGGAGGAGGCAUUCUGGUCUGACAGAGCCAAAAACCUAAUCGACUUUUCCACCCGUGUUUAUGUAAAUAAAAAUGCAAGUUUUUCAUAGGUAAUUCGACCUGAAGGAUGCAAACCAGUUGUUGACCCAAAGUUUUAUCUCUACGGAUGAUGAUCCUUUUUCUUCUGCUAUUCAUGCUAUUAUAGCCACUCUGUGUGCUAUUUCGAAAUGCUGGAAUAUGGGACACGUUUGGAGGGAAGGUUGUCAUGCUUCUCAUGCUCUUAACUAUUACUGUCACAUGAUCAAGAUCUGUCAAGAAGCAAUGGUUGGGAAUCAUUUUAAUGAGAACCUCCUAUGUGCAAUUGGAUAUGAUUUGUAGAUUGUUGGGCAUGGCAAGUGGGAGUUAAUACCAAAAGAAAGAGUUGCUGGUGAGGUGUAGGCUUUGUCAGACAAUUCAGAAACCUUAUCUUAUGUACAUAUGAAAGGUGUGCACUGCACUUGUAGUUAUUAGUAGCCUCUGAGGUUUGCAGCUUUUGUUGUGGAAGUGGGAGAGACAAGAUGUUAAAGAAGACAUCGCUUUGCUGCGUAUGCGAUUUUUAAGCUAUAGUUUCGUUAAGCCCCUAGUCAAAUGCCCACUAAUUCUUGGCUUGCCAAUUCUACAUCUUCAUUUUUUCUGCUAUAGCCUAGUCCUCUUUGUAAUGUGACUUUUAUGUUAAACAUCAUAUGUACCAUUGAGGUAUUUUUAAGCUGUUUUUUGACUUCGUCUAAAAGAAAGCAAGCUUACCAGU